GGCGCAGCUCCGCCCCUCAGCGCCCGGCAGCGCGCAGCACCGGGGCCGCCCACCGCCGACACGGGACUCCGGGGGCGAGCCGGAAGCUGCGCGGCGGCGGAGGCGGAGGGGCGGCGGUCAGCUGCAGUGGAGGCGCCUUUUCCAGCUCUGGCGGUGGAAGGAAUAGAUCGUGGAUCAGAACUUUUAGCUCGAAUUGCAGUGGAAACAGCCCUCUGGAAAGAAGAGCUCUGAAAUCAUGGCAGGGAAACCUAAGCUUCACUAUACCAGAGGAAGAGGGAAGAUGGAGUCAAUCCGCUGGCUGCUAGCAGCAGCUGGGGUUGAAUUUGAGGAAGAAUUUAUAGAAAAAAAAGAAGACCUAGAAAAAUUACGCAACGAUGGAUCCCUGCUGUUCCAGCAAGUGCCCAUGGUGGAAAUCGAUGGGAUGAAGAUGGUGCAGACCAGAGCCAUCCUCAACUACAUAGCAGGGAAAUACAAUCUCCAUGGGAAAGACCUGAAGGAGAGAGCCUGGAUUGAUAUGUAUGUGGAGGGAACAACAGACCUGAUGGGAAUGAUCAUGGCUCUCCCUUUUCAAGCAGCGGAUGUGAAAGAAAAGAAUAUUGCCUUAAUCACUGAACGAGCUACAACCAGAUACUUUCCUGUUUAUGAAAAGGCCUUAAAAGACCAUGGUCAGGAUUAUCUUGUUGGCAACAAGCUAAGCUGGGCAGACAUUCACCUGCUGGAAGCCAUUUUAAUGACAGAAGAACUUAAGGCUGAUAUACUGUCUGCAUUCCCUCUGCUACAGGCUUUUAAAGGAAGAAUGAGCAAUAUCCCAACAAUCAAAAAAUUCUUGGAGCCUGGCAGCCAGAGGAAGCCACCAUUAGAUGAGAAGUCAGUUGCUAAUGUGAGGAAAAUAUUCAGUUUCUAGUGGCUGCUACAGAUAACGGGCCUGUAGUCAAUUACCUAAGCUGUGCCUCUGAAGUGUAAACUGCGUAGAUCUAUUCUGUGGCUUGUGCCCUAUACUCUUUGAGAUGGAAGACAAUUUAGAUUAGAGUAAAAGGCUGUUGGACCUGCUGAUUACAGAAGGCAGUGUUUUAUUACCAAGAGUUCUUGCUACCAUCAGUUACACGAAAUAAAAUAUACUGCUGUUUGCUGUUUGGUUAGCCAUUAA